GUUGUAUUUAAGGAAAGCGAUUGUUGAGCACAACGUUAUUUCAGAGUAAGUUCGCCGUAUAAUAUUAACACGGUCUUACUUGUUAACUUUUUAAAGUUAAAUAAAUGUUACUGGAUAUGAAAAUUGGGACUUAAUUAAUAUUUAAACAAUGCAGUAUCAUAUAUUCAAAAAAAAUCUGGGCGCAAUAUGGUGUUGGACAUUCUUCAUGCCAUCAACGGCUGAACUCCAUAUACCCGAAAGCAUCGCAUCUUUAAAUGGACCCGCUGUAACAAAACAAAUUCCCUUGUGUGAAUUCUAUAUUUGGGAAAAUUCUAAAUUUUAUUUUCAAAGCCGACUGCGUCAACUAGAUCCAAAAUUCGUUAAGUUUAGAAUACAAUUCGCGGACAACUUUGUUGUUGAAAAAUGUGAACCUCAGGUAUUGAAGCCGCACAUCUGGUUCUUUACGUCAUCGACAGCGACUACAAAAUAUCCGUACCUGUUUUGGAAUCUCGACUUCGGGCUGCUUACGUUUGACCUCCUCGACACGAAAACGCUAGAAAUCCCUUUCGUUGAUCUCAGGAGUCGAUCAACGUCACGGUGUUUGGUAGACUUUGGUGCAAAUUACUCCAUGAUCAAUAUCGCGAAUGCCCUGGCUGAACUUGUGGAUAAUGAAACUGUGAACGGCGUUCAUGUGUUUGAAGAAAUAUACUUCUGUUAUUUGACUGAAAUGAAAGGAGCUACGUCUCGACUCGGAUAUUAUGCCGGACUCUACUUGAAUUACCCAACGCCGUCUUUGAAAUAUUCUUGCUGCGUUAUUACUUAUGAUUACGUCUUAAGCGAGUAUUCGGAACCGGUUUGCGAUACGUUACAAGAGAAAUGGACACUGUGCACCAUUGGUCCAUAUAUCGUUGGCGUUAGUUUACUUAUGUACAUUCCAAUUCUUGUUUUGGAUUUAUUGCACUGCUUGGGAACGGACGAAAUUAUUAAAUCCUUUGACCACGAUAGUUUGUCUGAACUUUGUUCUUUUUCUAAUAAUGAACAUGAUCGUAAAUGGGUCUACCUCGAUGGAAAGUCGCCUAUGACAUUAUCACAUCUUCCUGCACAAAGUAUGACACGAUUCAAAACCGCACAUCCGGUUCUUUUUUCGAGAUUGCGACGUUUUCUGUGCAUGUUUUUUACUCCAGUCAUACUGUAUAUCAAACUAUUUAUGUACAGAAACGGCAUGGGAGUUAAUAACAAGAUAACUGUAGAUGAUCUGGUUAGACGAGGCAAUCCACUGGGCUUUCUUUCAGUUCUUGCGAAUUCAACUGAUGCCCGAGAGGUGUUUGUCCCAAUACUUGGUUGUCCGACCGGGGCUAUGAUUCUUUACGUGUGCAUCGGAAUCGUUCUGCUUGUCCUACCUCGAAGUUUAAAACAGGUGAUAGAGAAUGGAACGCCAAAGGAACGACCGUGGUCGCCGUUUUUCCUCGGUCUUGAUGAAAUUCUUUGCAUGGCGCAAAUAGAGCAAGUGACGGAGCCCGGAUACCACCGAGCGGCAGCUGUCUGUCGGGGGAGCUUUUAUAUGAUGUUCACAAAGUCAUUUUGGCACAAAUUGUUUUAUAUGCAGCAGAAGAGGAUACAACGAUUAAAACGCUCAACUGGGUGUUUAUUCUUUGUGGUUUUGCCUUUUGUUGCAUUCCUUUGUUUAAUGGAAAUAGUACUGUGUGUCGUUUAUAACCUGAUUCCAUUAAUCAACAUUACCGGUAUUAUAAUUAAAGGAGCAGUAUUGACAAAAAUGGCUCAACGGCGGUACUAUAAAUGGCUGAGCUGCAUUUGUCCGACUCCAUUAUUCUUGUUUUGUGUCUUAAUCUGUGUAGUUCUGUAAUCUUUGUUUGGAUACAUACUUAUUUUGAUUUUCCUUGAGAGUUUUGUGUUCAUCUCACAAGUUGCUAUUUUUAAGUUUGUAGCAGUCAUUCUUUUCCCUUCCGUUGCGUUCGGUCAUCUGUUUUUCUUUGUAGUUCUGCUGUAUUACCUGUUUCGACUUGCUCGAGGAUUUGGGGAAACUUAUUUCGAUCUGCUAUCAAUGGCUGUUGAGAAAUCACAGGAUCUGGACGUCCAUGUUAACCACGUGUGUAUUCAACGCGGAACAAUAGAAAUCUCCAACGUGCGGGCUACGGGUGUCCGAAACAUUCGUGUGAAUAACGUUGUUAUUGAAGUUCCACACAACACGUUGCAGAGAAUAAAACUUGAGCAACCUCCAAGGAAAACACAUCAGAAGGGACAUACGCAUGGCAUACCAAAAGACCUUUUUGAAUACUUAGUCAACAAACAUCGACCCGUACAUAUUCAGGUUUUGAAGCUGAUAUUUCACUUCGCGCUGAUUAUAAUAUUAGUUAUUUUGACGAUGUCAAUAAUGGCCAAAUAUAAAAUGCAAAAACCAUCGGAGUCGUCUGACGUCAUGCACGUGAUAUUCAUAGUUAUUGUCGGUGCGUUGCCAAGAGUUUUGGAGAUUAUCAUGUUAGAUGACAAUGAUAUGUUAAAACGACAGUUAGAGGAGAACAAGAUUGAACAGUCCAUUCUGAGGUACUGGAGGAAUCGGUCUGAAAUAACCGAAGACCUUGGACGGUGUAAAACAAGUUCUUAGCUCCUAACUUGAAAUACCGAAAUGUUCACGUAACGCGUGUUUGGCAUGUUUAUAGUUUCAAAAUGCCGAAAGCUGACGUCAUCAGAUUCUCUGACAAAAUCAAGUGAUACUUUUAGUUACGGUCAGAGCGUUGCUGAGUGGGACUUACAUAUUAAGUAUUGAAUUUACUUAUAAACUCAAGGACAAACAAUUCUGCACAAGUAUUAAAAUCUUCGCAAUUUAAAAUGCUGGUACCAAAUUCAAAAUUCAUAGAAAUAGACAAACCGAAUCUGUUAUGGAAAUUGUAGCCACCAUUGAGAUAAAAGCUGUGCACUUUUGCCUCACACAGCGCGCGCUAAAGUAGGUUUAUUUUACCAAUCAAUAAUUCAUUUACAAUUAAAAGAAAGUGCGAAUUUUUCAAGCAUAUUAAGGCUAUAAUUGAGUUUUAUAUAAUAAGGAAUUUGUUUAUGUUGUGCUUAUGUAUAUGAAUUACUUAUUGUGUUGAAACUUAUUUGAACCAGGGCCGUUUUCAUACUACCAACAUUGUGACAUUUUAUUGUUUUAAAUUUUAAUAUUUGUUAAGUUAUUAAGUAUAUUGAGUAUAAAUUACAAAAUAAAAAAAUACAUAAUCUUAUAAAGCCUUUAUAUUGUGUUAAAUUAUGGUUUAUAUUUGCAUCAUGUUUAUUUUCUAAACGUAAAUGUAUAAUACUUUUUCCAAAAUAUUUUUAUUUACUUGUUAUAUUUUCUUAGAAUCGAAAUACACUUGUGCUCAAAUGUGUCUUUUCAAUCGCUUGAUAAAACCAAUCAAAUGAAA